CCAUUCUAUGCAGCAUAUUCUGUCACACUUCAAUGUGAAUGCAAUCUCACAACCAUAAUGGAUGAUGCAAAGUUCAGAAUUAUGCGAAUGGCAACUGCUUGUAAUCUUAAACGUUUGUCAUCUGGUAAAGCAGAGUUCAUGUGUCCGGGAAAUGAAAUUCCUAAAUGGUUUAGCUGUCGAACGGAGGGAUCUUCAAUGAACAUUAAGCUUCCUUUGCACUGGUCUGAUGAUUCAAACUUCUUGGGUAUUGCUCUGUGCUCUGUUUGUGCAAUCAGUGUCCCAUUUCUUUUUCAUAGGUAUGAAUGUGAUAUGAUUCUCAAAACCAACAAUGGUGAAACCCAUAGUGUGAAUUUGGCAAGUACAGAGGGCAACAAGACUGAUGACCCGACUGUUGACACAGAUCACGUGUUGGUGUGGUAUGAUACAGUCCAUGCAAUUUCAGAUGAAGCAAAAUGGUCUGUGGAAGCCUCGUUUGACUUCUAUACAGUACUCUGUCGUAAGCGGUGGAAUAAAGUGAAAAGGUGUGGGGUCUGCUUUCUGUAUGCAAGGCCAAGAUGA